AGAAUAAAGCUGAAUAGAUUUUGCUCCAUCAUUAAGAAUACUAUUGCAUGGUAGACCUACAUUAAUGUUAAUCGAAGAAAUACAAUUAUUCAGUAUUGGCGCUUGUAAUAACGAGGAUAUUGAUAUUCAUGACAAUUCGAUUUUCACUUUCUCAUUCAGGAUUCCUGAAUGUCUCGCUUCUCAUCGGAGUUCAAAGGAUGCCGCCUGUGCUCAACGCGCCAACUUCAAUCGUUUUGUUACAGAAACACACUGGCAAUAGACUAAAUAUACACAUGUUGAUCAAGGCUAUCAAAAUCAACUGUGAACUUUUGACCCAGUUCAUAUGAUACAAUUAUAUCGUGAGAACCCGCGCACUUCAAGACAUUAUGGGCGGGGUUAGCGGCAGGCUAAAUGCAAGGAUGAUGCACACCUGAUCAGGAACCAGUUCGGAGUUUACCGACAGAAGUUCUACUUAGACUACUCUGCCGUCGGUAAGCUUUAAUAAGUGCAUUUAGCUUUGAGAUACAAGCAUGGAUAACCUUGUCGUCGUUAAGAACAGUGAUGAUCUGGAAAUAGAGGACCGGGAAAGUCCACACACCGCAAUAAAGGAAUGUCCUGGGGAAACGGAGGGAGUUGAGGAGCGCAUCGAGUCGGAUAGUGGGGAUCCUUCGCAGAAACCACCCUACUCUUAUGUGGCUUUAAUCGCAAUGGCUAUCGAAGAGAGCCAUGAGAAAAGGUUAACAUUAAGUGGGAUUUACCAAUUCAUCAUCUCCAAAUUUCCCUAUUAUCAGGCAAGUCAAAAGGGAUGGAAGAACAGCAUUCGUCACAACCUCAGCCUUAAUGAAUGUUUUGUGAAGGUUCCAAACUUGAAUGGAGGGGAGCGGAGAGGCAAUUACUGGAUGAUGGACCCUGCCUUUGGAGACAUGUUCGAUAAAGGCAACUACAGACGACGGAGACGGCUGAAACGUUCGUGCAGACCCCCUAUUUCACCCUACCUGCCGGGAACAGCGAUGCUAAAUUUACCUGAGCCGCAUUACUUUCACCAGGAAUCGGUGUACUGGCAAACACCAUACCUCACCAACGCAUGGAGUGCACCCCAGGGUAGUCCAUCCUCACCGGGAUCACUUUACCAACAGGCAACCAGCGGUAACCCGUCCUCGGUGUCCCCUAAGACCUACCCUGACUCUCACGUGAUGUAUUACCAUAUCCCCCCGUCCUGUAGCCGGUGCCACCGGCCCCCUGAUGUCCUGAUGCCCCACAGCGGUCCCCCUGGCAGUCUCCCUCAACUCUCUUAUGCCAGGUAUCCCGAGACAGAGCCAUACCAUUCGUAUGAGUGACUGUGUUGCAACCGGGAUUUUGCCAGGUCUGUUAAGAUGCCUAAUUAAAAACGAAAUCAUUAUGUGAUGAAGCAUAUGGCGCUGUAAGAUUUAUCUCCAAGCCUACCUCAAGUUCUUUACGCGAACCCAAAACGAGUUCAUUAGGCUAAUGGUUCAUUGCCGUUUGUUACAUGUUUUGUAUUAAUCUCAGAUGGAUUUAGAAAUUGAAUUCUUGUUUUACAAAUAUAGGUUGUGCAUGUGUUUGUAGCGUAACUAUGAUGUUGCUGCUAUAUCCUAUUAGAUUAUUACACUGCAGCAACAAUCAUGUUGUGCGAUCAUAUCCUUGGUCAAGAAACUUUCUUUAUUCGAGGCUAUACAUGACAUAUCUCUUUAUAGCCUUACUGGUCGUCAUGCACUUUCUCGGUUGACAUUUAAUGAUGGAAAACUAGUGCCAAAUUGAUAUGUUUUAAUAGCUUUUGCUGGAAGUUUUACACCGUUUGUUAUACUGUUACAGAAUUAUUUUCUAAUAAAAAGUACUUUUUCAGUUUG